AUGCUCAUGAUCCUAGGUUACGGAUACAACAGCAAUGCGACAGUUGGGGGAAUCGUGGACGGGUACCGCAACUCUAACAUUCCCCUAGACGGAAUGCAUCUGGACGUGGAUUUUCAGGAUCGAUACCGCACUUUCACCGCGAGUGAGUCAAAGUUUGGCAACAUUGGCGACUUCUUGAACGGCCUCAGGCAGAAGGGGGUAAAGUGCUGCACGAACAUCACGCCUAUCCUCAGUCUUCGAGAGUCGGACGCCGACCCAUACAUCAAUCUACGUAACUUUUGGGACGAAGAUGAUAAGCUGAAUCCCGCCACAAACCUUUUGGUCAGUGACAAAAGAUAUCUCAAGGGUCUUCCCGAUAACCAGCAGCGUGGAUGGCGAUAUGAUGGCGGUGGAUUCGCAGUGCCGACACAGCUGGAUCCAGCCGACCCGAACAUACAAAAGAUAUACACAGAUUCUGUGGAUGCACCCGGGAAUGGACUGCGUGACGAUUACAACUUCAACGAGAAUUACAACAGCGGGUACCCAUUCCAUGGAGGCGUUAGCUACGGCACGCUUCCAGGAACCAACACCAACCUUGGCACUGCCGGUUAUUAUCCCGACCUGAACCGUACCGUUGCACGCGAAAGAUGGGGUGAGCAAUACCAGUAUCUGUUCGACAACGGUCUGGAGUUUGUCUGGCAAGAUAUGACAACUCCUGCCGUUGCAGAGGUCUACGGCGACAUGCUUGGCUUCCCAUCCCGUCUCCUCAUGUCAGAUGACACUCCUAACCAAGAUCCGAAAGUUAAGCCAUCGACGAAGACUGCUAUUGAGCUUUGGGGUCUUUACUCGUACAACUUGCACAAAGCAACGUACAAAGGGCUAAAUAAGCUGAAAGGAAGGGAGAAUAAGCGCAACUUUAUCAUCGGCCGUGGUAGCCUUACUGGUAUGCACAGAUUCGCCGGCCUUUGGACCGGUGACAACGGCAGCUCUUGGGAUUUCUGGAGAAUAUCGGUUGCGCAGGUCAUUGCUCUGGGAUACAGUGGCAUGACAAUUGCAGGAGUUGACAUGGGCGGCUUCACACCUGAUCCAGACAAGAAUCUCAACCCCCCGCAAUGGUGUGAUCCAGAGCUGCUGAUCCGCUGGUACACGGGGGCAUUUUUGCUGCCUUGGUACCGAAAUCAUUACAUUCAGCAUUUCGGUGGCAAGAACUUCCAGGAACCGUGGCAGUACACAUACGCUUUCCAGAAUUACCCGCAAGCUCUUCAGGGGUCCAGUCAAGAUGUGUACAACCUAUACAUGUCAGUCGAGCCGAUUUGCCGCUACUACGUCCAACUCCGAUAUUCGCUUAUGCAGGUAUUGUACGAUACUAUGUUUGCAAACCUGAUUAAUGGGUUGCCUAUCGCCCGUGCCAUGGUACGCCACAUGUUCUUGGUAUACUCUUUGAACGAGGUUGUUUACUAA